CCGUCCUGGCGCGCGCCCGCCUGCGUCCGCACCCGGAAGAAGCCCCAGCGGCCGGAAAGUCGAGGCAGUGCGCGGCUCGUGGUCCGCGGGAAGCGCAAGUCCUUCAGAGGCCGGGCGAGAGCAGCGCGAAGAAGCCUGCGCGCUCCCGCGCAAGGCGGCCCCUCGAGCGACCGCGCGCACGCCCCGCCCCCUCCAACGCCGCGCGGGUCGGGCUGGGGCGACCACGGCCGCAGCGCGGUCCCGGCGACCAAGACAGUGCGUAUUGAGCCCUACCUACCCUUCAAGAUGAAUAGUGAGCAGGUCACCCUGGUGGGUCAGGUGUUUGAGUCCUAUGUCUCAGAGCACCAUAAGAACGAUAUUCUUCUGAUCUUGAGAGAAAGAGAUGCUGAUGCUCACUAUCCGGUUGUGGUUAAUGCUAUGACCCUUUUCGAGACCAACAUGGAAAUUGGAGACUAUUUCACCGUGUUCCCCAAUGAAGUACUAACAGUUUUUGACAGUGCACUUCGAAGGUCAGCCUUGGCAAUUCUGCAGUCCCUUCCUGAGAUGGAGGGGUUAUCUAUGAAGCAGAAUCUUCAUGCCAGGAUAUCAGGUUUGCCUGUUUGUCCAGAACUGGUCAGGGAACACAUUCCCAAAACCAAGGAUGUGGGACACUUCUUAUCUGUCACUGGGACAGUGAUCCGAACGAGUCUGGUGAAGGUCUUGGAGUUCGAGCGGGAUUACAUGUGUAACAAAUGCAAGCAUGUGUUCGUGGUGGAGGCCGACUUCCAUCAGUAUUACACCUUCAGUCGGCCAUCAUCAUGUCCAAGUUUAGACAGCUGUGACUCCUCAAAAUUCACUUGCCUCUCAGACUUGUCUUCAUCUCCAGCCAGAUGUCGGGAUUACCAGGAAAUCAAAAUUCAGGAGCAGGUGCAGAGGCUGUCUGUUGGAAGUAUCCCACGAUCCAUGAGAGUUAUUCUGGAAGAUGACCUAGUUGACAGUUGCAAAUCUGGAGAUGACCUCACCAUCUAUGGGGUUGUAAUGCAACGGUGGAAACCCUUUCAGCGAGAUGUACGAUGUGAAGUUGAGAUUGUCUUGAAAGCCAACUAUGUCCAAGUGAAUAAUGAGCAGUCCUCGGGGAUGGUCAUGGAUGAGGACACUCGAAAAGAAUUUGAAGACUUCUGGGAAUACUAUAAGAGUGACCCCUUUGCAGGGAGGAAUGAAAUAUUGGCCAGCUUGUGUCCUCAAGUUUUUGGGAUGUAUCUAGUGAAGCUUGCUGUGGCCAUGGUACUGGCUGGUGGAAUUCAAAGAACUGAUGCUGCAGGAACAAGGGUUAGAGGGGAAUCUCACCUUUUAUUGGUUGGGGAUCCUGGCACAGGGAAAUCACAAUUCCUUAAAUAUGCAGCAAAGAUUACCCCAAGGUCCGUUUUGACCACAGGAAUUGGAUCUACUAGUGCAGGUCUGACCGUGACAGCUGUCAAAGACUCUGGAGAAUGGAAUCUAGAGGCUGGGGCUUUGGUGCUUGCAGAUGCUGGUCUCUGCUGUAUUGACGAAUUUAACAGCCUCAAAGAACAUGACAGGACAAGCAUCCAUGAAGCAAUGGAGCAACAAACCAUAAGUGUUGCUAAGGCUGGCCUUGUUUGUAAGCUGAACACAAGGACCACCAUCCUGGCAGCAACUAACCCCAAAGGCCAGUACGACCCCCAGGAGUCUGUGUCUGUGAACAUUGCCCUCGGGAGCCCACUCUUAAGUCGAUUUGACCUCGUCCUGGUUUUGCUCGACACUAGGAAUGAAGACUGGGAUCGUAUCAUUUCUUCCUUUAUCUUAGAAAAUAAAGGUUAUCCAAGCAAAUCGGAGAAUCUGUGGAGCAUGGAGAAGAUGAAAACCUACUUCUGCCUCAUUCGGAAUCUCCACCCCACACUGUCUGAAGUGAGCAAUCAAGUCCUCCUUCGAUACUACCAAAUGCAAAGGCAGAGUGAUUCCCGGAAUGCAGCCCGGACAACCAUCCGCCUGUUAGAAAGCUUGAUCCGAUUAGCAGAAGCUCACGCUCGCCUGAUGUUCCGCAAUACCGUGACUCUGGAAGAUGCUAUUACAGUUGUGUCUGUGAUGGAAUCUUCAAUGCAGGGAGGUGCUCUGCUAGGAGGUGUGAAUGCUCUUCACACUUCCUUCCCUGAAAACCCCCGUGCACAGUACCGGAGGCAGUGUGAACUCAUUCUGGAAAAGCUGGAACUCCAGAGCCUCUUGCAGGAAGAACUUCGAAGACUGGAAAGGUUACAGAAUGAGAGUGUACACCAAUGCCAGUCACAUUCACUAGAGGAAGAGGUGGCUCCAGGUUCCUGCAGAAAUGAUCCCAGGGACAAGCCAAGGCUCAGGACUUCAACACAGCAGGAACAGAGCUGUAGCUGGAGUCCCACAGAGAGAUCUGGUGCAGACUCCCCGCCUGGUCCAGAGCUUAAUAGACCAACAAGUUGUAACAACUCAGCUGAGAACAGAGAUGACAGAGGUGACAGUUUAGACUGGUUGGACCCCACAUCAAGUCCUGAGAUUGCACCAGAAAGCACUAUUGUGUCUCCCAAUCUGAAAACAACUGAGAAAAAUGUGGAUUUGAAAAUCUCCAACAAUCAAUCUCAGGGCAAGGAGAAGCAUGGGCCACAGCAAAGAAGCAAAUUAUUAGAAGCUGGACAUCUUCCAUCAUCAGGAGCCAUGAGUGCCCCCUUACGGUCUCACGGUGUUAAGAGUACAAAGGCGAGUCAGGCAGUGGUUGUAUCUGAAGCAGGACGGGGUGAUGAACAAGACUCUGUGCCCCAAAGACUCCCCAAGCUGCUGAAGGAGGGGUCACAGAGUGUGUGCAGAAGCACAACCAGAGUGCGACCACUGCCACCCACUGUCCCUCUGUCCCUGUCCAUCCCUUCACCUGGGUCAGGAAAAAGAACAGGAACACCCAAAAGAAAGAGACAGAAAUCUGCUCAGGUGGAAGAGCCUGAACCUGAAGGUAUGGAGACGCCAACAGUAAAGCUGGCCAAAUUCACAUUUAAACAGAAGACAAAACUGACCCACUCCCCCGAAGGCCAAGGCCCCAUGCCUCCCAGUGCUAGUAAAAUAGCAGUUGACAGUUCUAAAAUUCCCCAACAAAGAACAAGAAGAGAAGCAGCUGUGCCUGUGGUAGAGCCAGGAAAGUCGACAUCGACCUCAGGAGACAGAUGCUCUGACCAGCUGCACGGAAAGACAAAGGAGCUCUCAAGGCAGCCACCAGAGAGUAAUCGACCAAGAGAGGAGAGGGAACAGGACCCCAAAAGAAGGGUUAUUCAGCCCGAACCGGAGCUUGGGAACCAGGCUGGGCAUUCGCAUCUAGCUUGUGAGAAAGACAGAAAGGAAGGGGUUUCCUGGGGUAAUAAAAGCAGCAAGGUUCAUGCUGGCACGAUAGCCAGACUGGCAAGCUUCUCCUUCACUUCCCCACCAGAAUCCAAAUCAGAAUCCCUCCCUCCUGAAAGGAAGGACAGCAGGGACAGGAGCCACAGCCCUCCUGCGACCACAGCUCCGGUGCUCGGCCAGCAAAGGCAGUCUUUCCAGCUGCAGCAGCCCACAGAGAGAGCGAAUCUUUCCACCCUCUCGCUCUUCACUCUGUCGGAACUAGAUGAGGAAGCAUUAGAUUUUGACUGGGAUGAAGAGAUGAGGAAAAAGCCAUGAUUAGGAAAAGCUUUCUGGUCAGAGUUGUCUUCCCCACCCAACCAAGUGCCUUCAAAGUGUGCAAGUGCUUACAGGUGUGCACACAGUGUGACCCAACCAAGUGCCUUCAAAGUGUACAAGUGCUUACAGAUGUGCACACAGUGUGACCCAACCAAGUGCCUUCAAAGUAUACAAGUGCUUACAUGUGUGCACACAGUGUGACCCAACCAAGAGCCUUCAAAGUGUGCAAGUGGUUACAGGUGUGCACACAGUGUGUGAGAGUACGUGGCCCUGCCUAAGCCCAACCCCCUUGUCAGGUUUAUCUUCACUAAAAGCUGAAUAAUUAAUUACGGUUGGUGUGAUAUCAAUACUUUGGAUGGAUGAAUGAAUUAAUGCUUCAUUUCACAAAAGAUGACUUACCAUCCAGGACGUUCUAGUUUUUCACUUGCUUUUUGUUUUUGGGGUUUUGGUGUUUGGUUUUGGUUGAUUGGUUUGUUGAUUGGUUGGU